GCCCUGGUCCAUCGCGCGCAGAGACGAAAUCACGGAGAUGAGGCGAGCACUUCUCGUGCUCCUCAGCCUCGCGCUUUGCGCCGCACAAACGUCUGACAGCGAUGUUCUUUUUCCAGCUCCGUUUUUUGACGAAGGCGAGAAUUUGAGUAGCCAGAAUUGUGGAAACGAAACAGCUUGGAACCAAUCGGCCGUUUUCAUUAAACACUCUCAUACUGGAGAACAUUGCUAUUUUUUUAUACCAAUUUCUCAAAGGACUCUACUUGGAUUAGGUAUUUGCCCUCUCUUCGAUCAAAGUGAUACGUAUUUUCUAGAGGUGUUUCCGAAUUAUUGUCAUGGGCGCACAGCAAGCAAAGAAUGCUCCGGUGUUUCAGCCAAAAUACUGGACCUAAUUGACAUUGCUACACAACCAUAUAAAGGAUUCGCUUUCAAGAUAUUGAUAACGGAGACAAUGCCAAGUGUGAUUUCUCCCGUUUGUUUGUUUAACCGUGACAACGCAAUGGACUCGCAAUUUCAAAGAGAAUCGCCCUACUUUGAAUGGUCAGCAUGGAACGAUAAUCCACCUAUCCCAAAAAAUGUGACGGGCCAAAGCAACUGCAAAACGGUUCUAAGCAGCUAUGAUUGGAGUUACUUGGAUAAUUAUGACAUUCCCAUCCAGAAUGUCCUGUGUGUCAAGAGUGGCAGAUAUCACGAUUACCUCAUCAAUUUUUACAAAGGACGAUAUUUCUUGAGAGGAGUUCAAUAUUAUCGGACAGAACAUUUUUACACUGACAUAUUGCCAUACAUUGACGAGAUCGCAAGACACGCAAGAGACAUUUCUGUUUUACGCCCGAUCCCUCCGACAAAACCACCGAGAGGAUUCAAAAACCCCGGAAACGUCAGUUUCCCAAACUGUGGAUGGAAACAGACUUCAACAAGAAUAAGACGAGGAAAUGAAGGUUCUUCCGAAGAUUUCCAACCGAGUAAACUUAUUUUCGGCGGAAACGUAGCUCACAUACGCAGCCACCCGUGGCAUGCUUCCAUUGAGAAUGAGGUGACUGGACAAACCUGUGGCGGGACAUUGAUUUCACUGAGAGCAGUUUUGACUGCUGCACAUUGCCUUCACGGAGCAAAAGCAAAGGACUUCAGAGUUACAGUUGGGAUGGAUGAUAAAAGAAAAAGAAGAGCUCCUGGCGUUCAGACAAGAAAGGUUAGAAGUCUGAUCAUGCACCCAAAAUAUGACCCUGCGGAACUCAACAGUGACGUCGCACUCAUGAUUUUGAAGAAAAAAUUUAAUAUAACCGACGAUGUCCGACCGAUUUGCUUGUGGAACGACGACUCUGACUCUAACUUGGCUCGCGUGGCUGAAACUGAAGCUAUGGCGGUUGGAUUUGGGCUUGUCGACAACCACACGCGCACAGACAUACUGCAAGAGGCUCGACUGCCGAUUAGAGGUCACAAAGAGUGCUACUUGUCAAGCAGGAGGUUUUUUGGGAAAUAUUUGCGGCCAGGGGACAAUUUUUGCGCUGGCUUCACGAACGGAACGACCGUCUGCAACGGGGACAGCGGAGGUAGCCUUUCCGUGAAAAAAGACGGCCGUUGGUUCAUCAGGGGCAUUGUCAGCUUUGGAAUGUCGAAAAAAGUCAUGUUUGAGGGCGAAGAAAGAUCCUUCUGUCACCCAAAUCAAUAUGCAUUGUUCGCUGACGUCGCAAGUUACGUGGACUGGAUCGUGGGAAACACCCCGGAAAUUUCUUUCCGAAAUUAUAAAAGGGAAAAAGGGAUUGAUAUUUCCGAUAUUUAUUCAAUAAAAAAAUUUAGAUAUAAUUAAUAAUAAUCUCUUAUCAUAAUAUUUUUUCUAUGGGUUGUUCAGAAUAAAUUGUUUUAAAAGUUUUCA